AUGUCGACACAAGUCAUGUCUGAGCUCAGCGACCCAGAGCUGAAGACUUGUCUGAAUGGCUUUUUCAAGGCGGUUCGAAAGCUCAACGAUGAUGCCUCCUACCACUUCAUCGCUGACAUUGUGAGUCAGAAUGUCGAGCUCACUAAGGAGAACAGCAGGCUCGAAAGCACAGAGAAGGCAAACAUAACACAGAUCGUCAAACUUGGCCGGCAGCUCGACGACGCAAGGACAGAAUUGAGAAACAAGGGAGAUCUCGAAGCCAAACUACAGGACAGCGAAAGCAGACUUGCUGAAACAGAUUUGGAGUUGCAAAAGACCAUACAAAACACGAAGAAGUAUGAGGCUGAGAGUAGGCGGCAGGAGGCGAAGGCUUCGAAGUUGGGAGAGCAACUUCAGGAGUACAAGAAGAUUGCCGAAGCACAGGCGAGAGAGGCGGCUGACAAGCUACAGAAGAUAGACAGCUGGCGGGUUCCGAUGAAGGUGGGCAAGACGGAGACAGAAAAAGCUACCGCGAACUUACAUGCCCUCUUCAUCGAGACAUGCGUGCUGGUGAAGAACUACUUCAGCGACGACUUGUCAGACCAGAUAUGUAGGAACACCGCCGCAUGGGAAGCGCUCCGAAAACACGACGCGGUGUCCCGUCACAAAAUUCCUCUGCCAUCAUCGAAUUCACCGCAAGCUAAGCAGGUGCGGAUCGCCGCCGUCCUGGCAGUUCUAGGCCAUCACCUGGCAGAGCAGGUGUUCCAGCCGCUCUACGUCCGGGAGGAAGGAGGCGAGUUGGACGACCUCCUCAGCGACGUCGCCAGCGAAGAUCCUCCGAGAGAGGCGUUUCUACGCUCGGUACUGCUCGCUGCUCUCUCCACCGAGGAACAGCAGGACAGGAGCCGAGAGCGCUUGAAGAACGUCCUCCAGCAGGUCAUCUCCGCCGUGCAGCCGCUAAUCGCAGAUAGCAAGCAGGACGCCUUCCGACGGACGCUGAUAGACAUAUGUGGGCGGUAUUGCAAGGCCUGGUCCGAGAUCCAGCACCUAGAGGACAGGGUCGAGUGGAGUCUAGAUGACGAUGAGCCUGAGAACUUCGAGCUCUUAGAAAGGCCACGUCUUGAAGACAUAAGACUGAAUCGUGACAACGGCGGUGAUCAGGGAUCGGGAGGCUCUAAAGCCGACUCGAACCGCCACCCAGACAAUGCUGUUCCUCGUGAGACGAGAGGAAACACCGACAGCAUCGCGGCGCCCGUCUGGCCUUGGUUCUUCGUGAGAAGAGGGGAAGGACAGGUAAUCGCGAAGGGCUUCGCUCUGGGAGAGAUGCCGGUCAAGGUGGCCAAAAGUGAAAUGUCAAGCCUCAAACGGGCCCACACAGGCGCCCGUCGUGAAGCGAGGCAAAAAUCUAGACAAAACUCCGGGCAAGGUGAGGGUAGUGACAAGACCUCGAAGUCUUUUUUGUCCCCAAAUGGCUCCGCCGAGUAA